AUGGCCCUACUGGCUCUAAUUGUAGUUAACACGCUCGUAAUCGCCACCAGCACGCUGCAGUUCGCGACUGCCAAAGGACCGCAUCAUCCCCGGGGCGAUUACUCGGCCCGGAGCCGCAAGCUGGACGAACAUUUGCACGCCAAAGAUAACCACAUUCAGCAGGAUCUGAAACACUUGUCCAUCGGCGAGGAAGAACUCGCCAAAAUGUCCGACGAAGAGAAAAACUUUUACUUUUUCAAACUGCACGACUCCGACAACAACGACCACCUGGACGGGUUGGAAAUUUUGCACGCCGCCACGCACCACUCGGACGGCCACGUGCACAAGCUGGAACGGGACAACGAGAACGAGUCAUCCGAGAAUUCUGUGAUAGAUGUCAUCGAUGAUUUCAUAGCCUACGCCGAUUUAGACCAGAAUGGAUUACUCACCUAUCCGGAAUAUAUGAAGGCAAUCAACACGGACGACUGGAGCAAAGUGGUCGAAACGACUGAGCCUAUCUCUCUGGACUCGAGUUAG